AUGUUGUGCGACAACCUUCGGUUAGAUGGUUGUGCAACAACAACAGCUGCAACAACGGUGUGUCCCACACUAAUUGAUGUAUUGCACCAAAGCUCUCGUUCUUGCGACUCCGAUUCCAAAAUGGCCGAUGUGGUAGCAGGAGAUGCUUUAGCGCAAGCUGUUGACGAAGACAUGGCGGCCCCCAGCGCGUCCCAGGACACGGAAGACGAGGAAGAAGGCAAGACGCUCGCGACACGACACGGAGACGUCACGACGGACGAUGAUCCACAAGAAAGCACCGCAGACGAAGGAGACGACGAAGAAGACGAAGAGGAGAUGGACAGCGAUGACGACAAGGUGGAGCUCUCGGACAGCGCGUCAAUGUUACGCAUGAUGGAGAGUCUGCCUGAAGCGGAGGCUCGACGUCACGAGCAGUUCCGCCGCUCACACUUCGAGCGCGGAGCCAUCAAGCGGUGCAUGGCACAGGCGAUCCACGAGUGCUCGGCGACGGACAAGAAAGCGCCUAGCGUGACAAACGUCAUGGCUAUCGUUAUGUCCGGCAUGACCAAGGUCUUCGUAGGAGAGAUCACAGCCGAAGCACGACGGAUCAUGGAGAAGAACGGCGAGACGGGCCCCAUCCGUCCGCAUCACCUUCGCGAGGCGCACCGCAAGUACUACAAGCGUCGACCUCUGGCUCGUGGACGUAAUAUGCGGCGUCUGUUUCGGUAA